UCAGUACUCUGAUCACCAUGGCAACUAACUUCACCCCAGACCAACAAUGUGAAGGAAAGGAGUGUCAAUCAAUCACAGAUGUGACGUACUACGUGGAGGAGAAGAAGAGACUCUGUGAUGACUGCGCCUCUAAAGAAGGAUGCAUCGCAAGAGUUAAAAGAGGUGUACCAAAUAUUUAUUGUGAAGAACAUGAUGAAAAGGUAAAAUUAUAUUGUAGAAAUCAUGGUAAAGCAUUGUGCGCUUUUUGUGUAGUAGAUCAUUUAGACCCAUGUGUGCGACAAAAUAUGGAUGUCGCAAUCGUAGAACUUCAAGCAAAACUUACGAGCAUGAAAGAAAAAGGGAGGGACAAAUUAAAAGAAGGUCGUCUUUAUGAAGAUGAAAUUGACCAAUGCACGAAAGACACAGACACCCAUCUACAAGCUUUGAAAGAUGAAGUUAAUUCGACAAUCAAGGAGGCGAUCAACAUAGAUAAAGUCAAGGAGAAGAUGGAGGCUGACAAAAUUAAUCAAGCAUUUGAUGGUAAGAAUCAAGUACUCCAAGAAGAGAUAAUGAAGAUCAAUGAAAAGAUUCGAAAGAACAAUGAAGAGAGAGAGAAACAACUUGAAUUAAUCCAUACAAAUGCACAGAUUAGACAAAGACACAUGGACAAUAAGAAGAUUGGUCUUCAUAGAGACAUUGAUAACAUUGUUAAAGAGAAGGAUAGGAAAAUCAGAGAGUUGAUGAAAUCAUUGCAGGAUGACACAAAAACAAUAGAGAAUGCAAUACAGACCAUAGAUACAGUACUAGAAGACGAUAAAAACAUUGUUAAAGACGGUCAUAGUGUGAACAUGUCAGUGAGUGAUAAACUAAAGAAACGACUUUAUAAGAAUGAUGUGAAACAAAUCACUGAUAGAAUAUCAGAUGUGAGGUUUGUGAAGGGUGUUGGGAGAGAGAAGUAUGAUGGUAGGAUUGGUGGGUAUGAUGGCGAGUGGAUGCUUAGUGAUACAAUCAGUGUCAAAGAUAAAAUCACACUCCCAUGUAUUGUGGGUUGCAUAGAUGAAUGUAAUGUGAUCAUCACAGAUGCGGAGUCAGAUAGCCAUACAUACAUGUUAGAUAUGAACACUAAACACAUUCAGAGAGUGAUAACGAGUGCUGAUACAUCAUGUGUAAUCUCCUGUGCAUUACUGAAUGGUGACAAGAUAGUAUGCGGUAGAAGCCGUGAAGGUAGUACAGGGAAAUUUUCUACUGGAUCCAUCAGUGUGUAUGACAAAAAAUGGAUGCACAUUAAUGACCUCGCAAUACCAAGAAACAAACCUCACGAUAUCUCGUCAUCUUCUCGUCGCUUAACUCGUCUUUUCUCCCGGUUAACUUCUAAAAAGGUUAAGCACACAACGGACGAUAUCUCACUCGUGUAUGUAGCUGUUGACCGUGAUGGGAUGAUCAUCAUCGCUGCUGAGUGGAAGCAGUCUAAGAUAUACGUCAUCAACCCAGCUGAUAGCAAGAUCGUGCAUACCAUCAAAUGUAAACAGGAUGUACUGAUGCGAGGUGUGCUAUCAUCAGGUCAUAUUAUCGCUCAACCUCACCCUGUUGAUGAGAGAGUACUAAUCAUAGACAGACAGGGUGGUCAAAGGGAAAUCCCCCACAGUGAUGUCAUCUUGAAUGGGUGUGUUGAUCCUAUAACAGACGACCUCUACGUUGUGACAUCAGAUGAUGAGUACAAGACGUGUGUGAUUGAUCAGGUGAUGAGUGGGAGUGAAGUGAAGAUGAGAAGAGUGACGUCAUUCCCUCUAUCAACUAGACUGAAUGAGGAUGGUGGGAGCUGUGCCUACCUUUCAUUAUCUUGCGUGACGAUCUUAUCAUCAGGCAAGAUAAUUGCUAGUGAUGGAGAUAGUAUUCUCGUAUUCGAAAAGAGAAUCUCACUAUAG